UUAAUGUCCUAUUCAUUCUUUAACUAAGAUUGUUCCCUGAAUCAUGUCCUCAUAAACACUGUUAUGAUAGCGAUUGUGAGACAGAAAACCCUGAUACACACUUUGAUAAAUUUAAAUCACUUACUCUUAGAUGAGAAGCAGAUUGAAGUGAGACUUGCAUUGCCAUGGAGGCACAAUGAUAGGAUAGAAUACACAGCUAAAGCAACCUGGCCUCUGGAUUCCACACGCCCUUUGACCCAGGUUGAGAUAAUGAUUGAAGGUAGCUAUGAAUUUUUGCAUGACUUGACAUGUCAAAUGAGACCCAGAAAACCAAACUACCGAAUGCUUGUUAUCAAGAAGUUUUGGGAGGCUCUUCGCAGUGUGAAUGAGACUGAUCAACUACUAGAACACCUGCAAUCAUUUGCUAGCAAUGCCAUCUUCUAUACUGUCCCUGAAAGAACAAAGGAAGGUAUGCCAUUGUUGUAUAUGCCACCUGGUUCAGAAACGCCUGUCUUGUCACAGGAUCUUGGCCAUUCAAAAGAUUCAAGAUCCAGGCAGUUUGCUGACUUCUGGAAGCGAAUUUCCUUGAUGGAUCCCAAGAAGUGGCAAAGAUGGUUUCACACACAUCGUAUUGGCAUGGUUCUGACCCACGACAUACCAUUGCCAAAACAUCUGCACUAUGGUAACCACAAUGGAAAAUUUAACAAUGUUCAGAGUAGGCUAGCUCAGAGUACUGUCAACCAACUGCUUCGAACCUGGAGUACAUUUGUGCUGCUGGAAAAUCAUAGCUAUAUUAAGCUCAUGUACAAAGAUGAUGAUGAGAAGAGCCCACCAUAUUCGUUCUACAUCAUCCGUGUCCUCUCCAAGCCCCCUUGUAUGGUGCUACGACUAGCUUUUCUUGGUGGAACAUCUGGCCAUGUUAGAAAUCAGAUUAUGAAAAAUCUUAAGAGCAAACUAGUGAAGUUGGAGUCACCUCAAAGAGCAUCACACUCUCAGAGUAUUUCAUCAGCUCUGAUGUCUAGUGUGAGUUCCAACUCUGCUAGAAGCAGGAGAGUGUCUGGCAGUGCAGCAGCUAAGGAGCAACAGAAGCAGUUUGGAAAUCCAUGUGUAGUUCUAAUAUCCAAACCAACAGAAAUCAUACUCAUAAGAUACGAGUGGAUACCGCAUGAUUUCUUUAAUAUGGAAGCCUCAAUGUCUGUCACGUCCAGUAGUCUUCCGGUGAUAUCUUCCAGUCGUCCGUACCAUCACCAACAUCAUCAUCACCACCACCACCACCACCAACAGCAACAGCCUCCAAAGAGCUUGAACCGCCUAGCAUGUUACUUCCACCAUCGACGCUGGGUAUGGGCUGUGCAGAGGGAUGAAGACACUCCGCAGGUCUCCGAGCAGGCUAUGUCUACCGUGCUGUCAAUUUUAAGGGAUAUCCGACUGAAGGAGGGCUUUCAUUUUGCAUAUUCUAAUUCUGGUAUCAUCAGCUUGAUCAUUGAAUUUCAAAUGAAGGAGUCUUCUGCUGCUGUUCUAUGUGAUGAUGAGCUUGAUAUUGUCAAGUCAAAAACUGUCACAUUGACAGAAAAGCUAGUCCAACAUGAGAAACUUGACAAUAAUACUCUGAAACAGAGUAAACAAUCUGACCAUGGCAAAUCUCAUGGACCCUCAAGUCAGGAAUGUGCACAUCUAAUUGAAGAGAAAACACCUGAGCUCUUAGACGACACAUUGCAUGAAGACACUAAAUUGAAAACCAAAGGUACAUUGGGCUCUAGGAGAAACUCUGACUCAACACACAAAGACUCUGUUUUAGCUCCACUCUCAUCUAAGUGUUCUAACUCUGAGAAGGAUCCAGGGGACAGCAGAAAUGACCAUGAGAAUGAUGAUGAGUUGGAAGCUGAAAAGCUAGACAACUUUCCAUGUCUUCUGCAGUAUGUCAUUUUCCCUGUUCAUCAUGCUUCAAGAGACAGGUCAUUUUUUCCUGGUGUUGAUGAGAAUGCAGAGCUUGAUAUACAGCCUGCUGAGGAAGACAGUAUACUUCACCUGGUCACAGAAUGCUGGAUAGAGCCUCAGAGUGGAAUUGUCCAAGCCACUGAGCAUCAUAAGUAUCUUCAGGGUCUAGCCUAUGAUCAAGUACCAAAUGCUAUUUUCCCGAGGGAUUCAGACAUAAUUUCAACGUUCUUAUCAUAUGAAUCGCUAAAAGCUAAGUGUUCAACAAUAAGUGAAGAUGACACCUUUAAUCAGCCUACCUCUGUUAAAUCUGGCCAUCACACAAAGAAUAGUUCAAACUUAGAUGAUGGACCUAUACACUUUGUACCAUUUGAUGUAGAUUUAAUGAAACUCGUAUCUAAGAGUCAACAGGCAGAAAUGCAUUUUCCAACUUUUAUUGAAGUUGGUGAAAGGAAACCAGAAUCAAGUGCAAUGGUGAAAAUGUCUACAAAUGAACUAUACUUUAGUGAACUUAUCAGUUCAUUUACACAUGAACCUGCUUGUCAUACUAAAUUGAUGUUGUCAAGUAAGGAGAGUGUUGAAUUCCUAGAGCAUCUAGUCAAUAGACAAUUCUUCAAAAUGUCUGGAGAUUCCCCAGGUGAUGAAUUUCAUUGUUCUGGAUUAUCAAAUGUUGCCAAUAAACUUUUUACAGAUUCUCCUCAAGCAGUGCCAAACAUGGUUUGCUUCUUGUACAGCUUAGAAGCACGUUUAAUUUUAACGAUCAUGCCUGCAUCAUAUGAAGAUCUUACCAAGUUUAUUCACCUACAAAAAGUUUUAUCGAAAGAGCCAUCUACUAAAACUAAGUUGUCUGCAAUGGAAGUAAAUCCGCUUGUGAUGGAAAGUGAAAUUCAGGAAACAGAGGAAACUAAUACAAGCAAAAAUGCAAAACCAGUUGAAAAUGAUUCAGGUCCAGGUUAUGAAGAUGAUGAUGUUUUUGAUCCCCCUGUAUCAGAAUCACUGCCUUUACCAGUAUACGUGUAUAACUGUUACCGACCUGACCUAGUAAACCAACUUCUUGGUGAACGAAGAAACAGCAAUCUGAAAGAUACUGUUGAGGAUUUGACAUUCAACUCUCAAGAGAGUUGCACAGUCUGUGACAUCAGAGAAAGGAAUUCAUCUGGCUCCUCAGGGAAGUCACAGCCUGAGUUUGACAGUUAUCGUAAAAAAUUGACAGAUUUUGCGUACCGCAGUUUUGUUAUCAGUGUGUUUCGGAGUCUGCGAAUGCAGCAACAUGUUCAUAAACAUGAUGUGCAAGCGGCCGUAGAUACAUUCUGUGAGGAAUCUCUUCAUCAGGUUGACCUGACAGAUUUUGUGAAAGCUGCAUGUGGCCAUGUGAUGGAGUUCAACAGACAGAUAAAUUUUGAGCAAGGAGAAUUAGAGAAGUUGCCAACUGUCAUAAGAUUUGCAGACCCGAUUCUGAAGAGCAAGAAGCGGACAAGUGUUACAGAUGGACUUUUAUUUUCAACUCAAAGCAUUGAUCAAGUUUCACAAGAAAUUGAUAGAGCAAUUGAAUACAAUAGGAAGAGGGCAUCCUAUUCAUUUCCAGUUGCUAACCUUACAUCCAGGCACACAUGUGAAAUAAGCCCAGGGAUACAUGACACAAUCAAGUCAAAAUUUAGGAAGAUAUUAGGCAAUCAGUUCAAACCAGUUCCAUCCAGUCCAGACUUCUGGUACUUCUGCACACCCAUAAUGGAUGAGGAUUCAGAGUGUGAAUACUCUUGCAACUCUGAUACUGAAGAUGUAGUAAUGAAUGAAGAUGUUUGUGAAAUGUCAGUCAACAUAGGUGCAGAUAUGGCAUCUUCCAGCGGAUCACCCAAUAUGUUGAAUCAUGAUGAAACAUCUUCCAUAUCAGAGGACAAUACGCCAAGCGACCAUAGAUACAACUCUAUUAUGGACACGUACAAAAUUUUAAAACAAUCGCUUACAAGCUCAGAGUUGAGCAUCGAUCGUCCAGAUAGGUAUGGAAGUUCCAACGAAUCAGUGAAUGGAAGUGUGAUAGAGGGCAGUUCACCACUGUUUAUUCAUUUGACCUGUUCAGUAAAAGUGAGAUCUUAUCGAGGUGACCUACAAAUACAAAAUAUCCCAACAUGCUUAGGAGAAGUUAUUGAAUGUUUGGAGGAUGAGGUUGACUGCAUUGACCUCUCUGAUCUAUCAAUCAACCUUGACAUUAACUGCUUGACUCUCCCACCACUGAUUGAAUGGGAUGAAGGUAUAAUGCAAGACAGACGGCGGUACACUUCAUUGUGCGAGUCUACCCCACCCAGCUCACCACCACCUGUGGAUCUAUUAGAUGUCAGUAAUCAUUCUUUUACAACCUCAGAGGCAGAUUUUGGUGUAAUGUCAUCAGGGGAUCCUUUACUGUGUCUUCCAGAACUAGAACAAGCUGCCAUCAGGGAAACAGAAGAACAGAUAAAAUGGCUUCUUCAAAAUGAGAUAGCAUCGGCCAGGAGAAGCACGUACCCAGUUGCAUUGAAUACGUUAGACAUGAUCUCAAAACACAUCAAGGAUUCUACUGGUAAGCCAGGUUGUAUUGCCAAGAAUGUUCCUCUUCAAUUUGUGUUUGGGCCUGAGCAUAGUCUCAAGAAAUUCACUCAGGAAUUUGAGAUUAUAGAACUUAGAACUUACCAACUUACUAAAGUCAAAGAUUACUACUACCUUAUUUGGAACAAUGAAGAAAUUGAGAAAAAAAGAAAAAUGGCAGAAGAAAAACAAGCAAAAUUGAAGAUGAAAAUGAAGAUUGAAAAUGCCUUAUAUACUUUAGGAAGAGAAGAACCAGAACGGGUGAGAAAUGAUGAGAUACCAGGUGAAGAAGUAGGUAAUGAAGAUACCCCAGUAGCAAUCAUAUUUACUCCUCCAUCCCCAAAGAAGCUGCCAAAAAGUAUGAAAGAAAGUCUGAAAAUAGAAAGUGGGUCAGAGUCUGAUCUGGAUGAGGUUACCCCAAGAAUUGAAACUGAAUUGUCAGGCUGCACUAGGUUAAAUUUUGAAACACAGCAUAAACGCCAUGGCAGUGAUGAUGCUGCCAUUCAGUUAGGAUCAUUAAUGGAGAAGGAGACCAUUACAAAACCAGGCCAACGAGAUGUGCAAGCAGCUUUCCCUGUUCAAGAUCUCUCCGAAGAUCAACCACGUAAUGCUGAGGACAAUAUUUCUAGAAGUAGUGGAAGUUCGAUACAGGUGCUUCCAGAGGAAUAUGAGUUGGAGAGGACUUCAUCAUUGGAGGGUGACUGCUCUGUUUUAGAAGAUCUAGUAACUUCUUUAGAAGAAGCUAAGAUUGAGGGUGAAAUAGUAAGAGAGAGUGCAAUUAGAUCAAGGGAUUCCAGCAUUGUUGUACUAAAUGAAUUUGUGGAUAACUUCAUUAGUGAAGAUGUAAAUGAGGAAGGUGAGAGUACAAUACAAGGCGAUGAAGAGGUAGAAAGUGAUGAAGAGGAAGAAAAAGUUAUUACAGCAAGGCAGACAAGCAGAAGCUCGACUGGAAGUACUAUUACUUCUGGUGUUGCUUCUAAUGAAUCAGCCACUGACAUGGCAGCAUCUCAAAAUGACACUAAAACUUUGAAUGAAAAUGAUCUUCUAACUUACUCGUCUUCAGAACCUGCUGGUGAGAUUAACAUCAGUAAUUGUGCCAUCACAAAAGGUCAAAGAGAAGAACCAUUUGGUACUGCAGAAUCAACAUCCCUGCAUCACUUGAAGAUGGAUGGAGUUUCAUCAACAUCAACUCAUAAUACUCCACUAUCAGCUUCAGGGACAGAGUCUCCAACAUUUGCCUUCAGUAAUCGACUUAAACUCAAGAAUACCAGCUUAGUAUCUGCAGUCUCAAGCGGAACACCAAGUUCUCAGAUCAGCUACACCAGUCAAGAAGAUGGAAGUUGGGAUGAAGAAAAAGGUUAUGAUGCUGACUUUAGUGGUGAUGAUGAGGAUGAAUUAGGGCAGACACUAUAUCCAAAUAGUGACUUGAGUCAACUGAAAAUACCAGAUUUCUGGCUCAUUGCAAAGAUUGAUGCUGACAAAGUCAAUGUUUACUUUCAUACUGGGAUUAGCCAAGAAGAUGAUUUGAGAUAUCAAGAGCAAUAUGAUGUCCUCAUGAACUUGAUCAGUUGUAUUCAAAAAACUUGCAGAGUUGUGAACCAGAGUUUAUUGUUGUCUGAUUUGAAUGAGACAAGACUCUGCCAUACUCUGCUUGUGCCAGAAAGUGAUGAGGACAUUUGGAAAACAGACAAGAGAACAAGAUCUGAAAUUGAAGAUGAAGACUUUGAGAACCCUGGUUCAAAGAAGAAAGGCUAUUUAGCUGCUUCGAUGUCAUCUGAACCUGGUGUGUUUGCUUGCAAUGAAGUAUUCUCGAUCAACAUUCCAAUACACCCAAGGUUGAAGUCGACAUCCACUGAAAGAAUGUCAAAAGGCCUUCUCCAAGUCAUUAACACACUAUCAGCAUUUUCUGUUAAUAAUCGGAAGAAUAUGUUUGUAUACAAAGAUAAAUCAGAUUGUGUGUUCUACCUGAGACUGUCUGAGACAACUGUUUGGAUGUCUGGAGGAAAUUCACCUACAGAUAAUAUGCUCCGUACAGCAGAUGAUGCUUUAGCAUCCAGGACUUCAUCUGUGUCGUCAUUGCCAGCCAUUGAUGUUGAUGAUAGUAGUAGCCAAUUGGUAAGCAAUUUAAACAACAUUAAUUCUGUAACUCUAAAGACUGACUUAAGUAGUGGAAGCCAUGGUUCAGGAAAUAGAAAUCAACACAUGGUUCAUGUUGCCAUAUAUGGCAUCACAGAAGCCAGUCCAGAAAUCAAGGAGGAACUGAUUAUGGUGUUGAAGAAUAAGAUCAACAUUGUUACUCUUAAAGUGAUCACUGUCAUGUUGGUCCGUAACCCACAAUGUAAGCUGACACCAGAAGAUGUCCAUUUUAUUCAACCACCCAAAGCCAGUGAAAAGCGACCAUCUUUGACAAAGGCAAGAUUUAGUAGCAUAGAGGAGGAUAGUGAACAGAUAUCAAUACCAGACACCGGGAAAAAAAAUAUUGAAGAACAAGAUUCGGAAGAAUUGUUGAAUGAUCAAGGAGAACCAACUGACAUCUUGAUGUUUACCAUUCCUAUGUCGAGCAAAAAGCAUCUGUCAAGUAUCAAGUACUAUCUGCAGCAGAAUUUGCUUCAGUUCUUACAUAUGCCCAAGUAUGUUGAUCAGCGACAAAAAAAUCACUCAGAUCAUUUUAGAGCCUAUCAUGAUGAGGAUAGUAGCAAGAAUGUUUAUCUGUAUAUUAGACCACAACCCUCUGGAGGACUUGGCAUUGCUUGUAUUUCUAUGUCAACUGUGAUGAUAGGGGCUGAUGGGAAAAGUAAGCUAAUGAACCCAUUAGCUUGUCUCAAACCUUUGCCUAAUUCUUACAAGGAACCAGUUCAUGUUAACGUUUUUGAUAGUCUAACCAGUACAGAGAUAUAUCAUGUGCAGCCUGACACAAAGAAACCUGGUCCGACUUCAUUGAUUGAGUUCAGCAUCUGGGAACGUGGUGAUGUAGACAUGCCUAGCUUGACUCAGAAGCUUCUCAACUCUGUCCGCCAUUCUUUUUGUGAUGCUGUGAUGGAGUACUUGAUACUGACUGCACCUAUGGGCUUCACCCCAGAUAUGCAAACCAGAUGCUACAACUUUCCUACCUCUCCACCAAUAACCCCUACAGGAAAGCUAGAACUUGCAUAUCCUGCAAGUAAACUGGCUGUAGAUGCAGCAUUGUCUUCUAGUAGCUCCCCUGUAAACAUCAAGCGAUCUAUGUCAGUUGGUGAAGUGAGUUUAUUCUCUCUUCCGGAAUCUAGAUUCUUCCAAAGGUUGCAGAAGUUAUCAACCAAUCAACAACCAGGAAUUCCUUCCAGAGAAGGUACACCAAAAGAAUUCAAGCGUUCACAGUCUGUGUCCACUGAAGGUAGUGCUCCAUCUGAUACACCACCAAAAUCUAAGAAAGGCAAUGCACAGCGAUGUACUACUGCUGGUGAAUCACCUAGGUCGUCACCCAGACCAUCUCCUAAACCAUCUCCAAGACCAUCACCAAGCCCAUCACCAUCAAUCAGUCCCUCUAAGCAAUUCAAAGAUGAAUCAGGUCAUGUUCCAAUAUGGAGGCAACAAGAGAUAGAGAGCCGUCAAUAUCAAGCCCUCUGCAAUCUUUAUCACGAAGUAGAAGAAGGCAUCACUGGCUGUCUGCACCCAGUCUUCAAAGAAACUGCCAUUGAUUGGCUGGAAUUUGAGCACAGUCUAGGUGUUCCUGCUGUGCAUAGGCAGAAAUUGAAUUUGUCGUCAAGGUUUGCUGUGCAAACUGUGUUGCACGAGUUCCUCCAAUUCCUUUACACUAACAAUGGAGACAGUGUCUAUAAACUUUAUAAAAAAAAGGGUGAAGAAUUCAAUCUGCUGAAUACUGAAAAGGUCAAUGGCUCUUCUAAAACCAAGGAUGGGAAGCCCUUGGAAAGUGGUAUGGAAUGUGAGGAAAACCAGUUGCCAUGCCAUGUAGAUGACUACAUGCUGAUUGGUCGAAAUAUAAAGCAAUGGCGUAGUAGUAUGCUAUACAAUACUGAGGAAGCUCUGAGUAUGCCAAGUCUCAUAAACUCUAGAACUCACAAGAGUGUUCAGAAGUUUGAUCCAUUGAUUACAAGUUCGUUCAAACCAAAAGAGCUUUGUCUCAACAUCCCUAAAGAUAGCAGUUACCAGAAACAGAUAGAGGCAUACUCCAUACCAAGACAGCGACUAUUACUGAUGCAAGUCAAAGAUACAGAGUUGACUCUGUAUACCUAUAACUGGUCAGUAGAAAAUGUGAAUCAAUUAGAGAAGACUCUCUUUCGUCUUAUUCGCUGGCAUAACUCACGCUCCAGUCUUCUUAACAGUAUCAUCUAUCAAAAAAUGGGGCUCUUUCAUUUAAAAAAAAUGGUACAGCCUUCAAACGGACAGAGAAAUUUAUUCCCACAUUCAACCCCAGCAGAGAUUGAUGAACUAGUGCGAAACAGUACACCCCCAAGACGAGACCCCGAUACACGCCAAUACAACCUUCAUGGGGUAAACCGUGCUAGCCUUCCUGGUUUACCCUCCUUAAAUGAGGUGUUCCGUAAUGCUAGGGUUAGGAAAGCGAUGCAGUAUUGUACAUAUGGCACAAAGAAAGACCCUUUGGUACAACAUGGCUCACAACUACAAGAUGUCUACCAUAUUGCUAAAAAAGAAGCAGAGAAACAGUUUAAACUUCAACGUUUAUAUCUUGAGUGGCAAAAGCGCCUUCCCCAGCCGAUUUCUAAUGAAAUGUUGGGGCUGUUAAAGAAGAACUCACGUCUUAUCCACUACUGUUGUACUCCAUUGCUGUUCAGCCCAGUUUGGAGACAAUUAGUGAUGAAUAGUGAAAGCCAAGUAAUGGCACAGACCCAGCCCAAGUCAGAGGAACCAUGGCAUAUUGAGCUUAGAUCAUCAUAUGUUACUCAGUAUAUUACGUACUUACAGAGAUGCCUAGGAUUUUUCCAGAUUCAAACCAUUGAUGCUUCUCCAAGGAAGAGUGGGCAGAGGUUUGCCAGCAGACGUUCAAGUAAUUUUUAUUCAGUGGCCUUCCUGAGGAAAGUGGUGCCUGGAGGCAUUAUUUUACUACAACUUGCUUUUGAGGAUGCAUACUUUUGUGUGAUGCUUUAUGCCUUUGAAAGUUCACGAUUACCAGCUGGCCAAGAAGUCAACUCACAGUUGUCUAUGUUGUUUACGGAUGAAGUAAAUAAAUUAAAGGACACAAUCCACCUACACUCAUUUACAUAUGACUUCCAUUUAAGGAAGAUUCAGUCAUGCAUAUCACCUGCAAGUAGGAUUAUCUUCAAGUCAGAUUAUCAUGUCACCAGCUUCUUAGACGACUUCAUAAAAUAUUUUGAAGUUCUUCCAAACUUUUCUCGCAAUGAGAUAUUCAAAGGAACCGAGGAGUUUAAAAGUGAAAGCACAGCAGCUAGUCUGUAUCAUUACAUUGUAGACCAAUGCAACUCUCACCAUAUGUCAAGACUACGUAUGCUAAAGGUUGGCUCAAAAGAAGGCAAUGAUGAACAUGAAUUUGCCAUAUUUAGUUUCUACCAGAGAAAAUUGCCAAGAUCGUCAAUGGACAUGACAUCAGAUGAAUAUGAUGUAAGCCUCAUUGUGGAUCGUGAGCGAGAAGAACAGAUAAAAACCGGUGUUUCAAAGACACUUAGGUUAAAGUAUUACGUGAUUGUGACCAACAACAAAGAGCUGUUCCCCAAACUGUCAGUAAGCAGUUCACUAGGAAGGCUCCACUUCAGGGAUAAACUGCCAAAGGAGACAUCACAGAGCUAUCACCAAGUCCGUAAGGAGGCUAGUGUAGCCAAAGAUAAGAUCAUGAAAAUGGUAAAACAGGGGGCUUAUAAUUCACGUCGUGACUUUCUCUGGAAAUUGUUGCCUUCUGGCGAGAAGAUGGAAGAAGAGACUACUGUCAGAAAAAAGAGGAGAGAGACUGUGGAAGAUGAAAGCAGAAAAGGACGAAGGAGAGAUACAGUCGAGGAGGAUGCAAAGAUGCAGGAAAAAACACUGAGUUAUGCAGAACUCAAAGAGUUACUGGGAAUGGUGCACCACAACCCACUAAUUGGCAUUGACUCUCAACUUAGUAAAAUACUGGACAUGCCUGUCAGCUGGUUUGAAGUGCUCAUGAAAGCUCUACAAUGCAAGUUUGCCAAAUCAUGUAGUUUAUUUGCCAGUGAUGAUCGCAACCAGUUGCAUCUAGUGAUUCUGAAUCCAAACAAUCUUGACAUGCUUGUCCACAUCAGCAUUGAUAAAGUGGCAAAAAAGUCUGAAUUAAGUUCUGUGGUUCGAGAGCCUACACAUGAGCAGAUGCCAUACAAACAACCUCAACAGGAGCAAGUGUCUGUGUAUAGCACACAGCACAUUGAAAAUAUCGUCAGCUUCAUCUGCUACCACUUAUGGUCCUGUAUUCUCUAGAGUGUUAUAUGAACACAAUUUAGCGAUAAAGUAGAUAAUAGUGGCAAUGAACUUACUAGACAUAAGAUAGUAUAAUACAUACUCCAAGAAUAGAAAUGCACGCCAUCGUGCAUUUCAAUACUUGAAGUAUGUAUUAUACAUUGGCAUAUUGUACAAUAUUGCCACAGAUCUACGAGAGUAGAUAAAAAUGUGUUCAUGUAUUGGGAGAUUUUAUCAUGAGCAAAGGUGCUGAAAUUUAUUCAUUUUACAAGAAAAAGUGCACUUUGUGCUUUAUAUCUAAACAUAUUUUCAUCUCAAAAACUUUUUGUGACUGCAAAAGAAAACACACGAUUGUGCAUGUCGACUCGGUGGUUCAUUACAAAAUGAACCUCACUGCACUUGACGGUCGUUGGCGGACGCGAAUCUAUGGAGAAAACAAUGCAGAUCAUUUUUAAUGACAAUCUGUUCAGACUGCCACCGACCGCCGUACAACACAGUGAGUGCCUGGCUGAACGUUCAUUUAAGUCCGGUUGAUUUAAAUCCGGUUCUCAUCUCCCUGACCACAAUCAAAAUUUUAAAACUCAGCAACAUCCCCCAACUUAGGCUCACCUUGGUUGCACACAAUUUAGAGUGGUUUAAAAAUGGACCCAGGCAGGAAAAGGUUGAACCCCUGGGUUUUAAAUGUACUUCUUGAUAAGCAGGUAAAGUUUUUUUGAUAUUCCUGUUUUCAUUUUCUUUUCUGUGUGUGGUUAUCCCAAUUAAUUUACCUUUACCACUAAAAAUGUAUAAAACAUACAGGAAACUAUUGCUUGAUUUAAUUUUCAUUUAAAACAGUAUCCAAUUCAAUAUUCAAAAAAAAUAAAUAAAUAAAUUUAAAAAAAAAAGAAACGGAUUGCACAUGAUGAUUCGGUGCUUCCAUUACAACAUGAAUCUUGGAAUUUCUAUUAAGGGCUUUGUUGUAUCUUUUUCUGAUGGAUGUGUGAAUUUUAUUUACUAACUUUUAAAAUUGGUCAUGUGGCAGUAGGUACUUUAUUAAAGUAUGAAUACUGUAUUUUUGUUUGUACUGUAUAAUAAACAAAACAUUUAUAUUAGAAUAUUGCAAAGUUCCAUAUGCUUCUGCAAUGGUACAGUACAUCAUUGUGUGCUAUUUUUAAAAAGCACUGAAUCUAUCCUUGUCAUCUUAGUAUGUAAAAUAUAGACCUCUGGCUAUCAUUUUAAAAUGUUGUUUGAAUUAUUUUGAUAAAGAUAUAUCUUUUAGUACUAUAGAUAUUGAAUACAUAUGAAAUAAAAAGUUGGUUGAAUAUACAUAA